UGACUCUCUGAGGUCAUUAUAGAUCCCAUGGCACUUAUUGUAAGAGUAGGGGUGUUAACCCUGGUCUCCUGGCUAAAUUCCCAAUCUGGUCCUCAAACCAUCACGGUCACCUAAUAAUCUCCAGUUUACAAUUAGCUCAUUCACCUCCCCCCUGUAGCUAUUCCCCAGGUUGUUGCUGUAAAUGAGAACGUGUUCUCAGUCAACUUACCUGGUAAAAUAACAAAUAAAUAAAUACAUCUGUUCAUUUUACCCAAACACAUACCUAUAAACAGUAAAACCAGAGAAACUGAUCAUUUUGCAGUGGUCUCUUAAUUUUUUUCAGAGGUGUACAUACCCUUACAUAUGCAUACAUGCACUGCUGAAUUCAAACAAGCACAAAAAACACAUUGUACAGGCAGUUCUGUGUACGCACUCACAUAGACAUACUGUACAUUCAACAAAACUGGAUUGACUUUGGGGGAUGUAAAUCAAUAUGACCUACCAGACAGUCUACAGACAGUCUUUUGCGAAUGAAAACUACCAAUUUGUUCAAACAACUUGCUUUAGGGGAUUAAAUAAAAAUCUUCCAGAGCUCUACAGGAAAUCUGUGCACAUCAAUGAUAUCCUUUAACUGAUUAGGCUCUGUUUUAAUGCUGUUAUUUCUCUUCCACCAGUGAGUGUCUCCAUCAUGAGGCUGGUGUGGAAGUCCCUGGACAAGAUGAGGUGUUUCCGUAAACGCUCCACCAUCCCCUUUCUGGGGGUCCUGAUCACCUGUCUCCUCUUCUUCAAUCUCUACAUGGAGGAUGGAUACAUGAUGGAGGCGGGUAAAAGACCGCUGAGAGAGACAUCAAUGCAUCCUUCAAACACUGAGAGAUAUGUUCACACCUUCAGAGACCUCACUAAUUUCUCUGGGACCAUAAACGUCACAUAUCGUUACCUCGCUGGGAACCCAGUGCCCCGAAAGAAAUAUCUAACCAUUGGAUUGUCAUCCGUGAAAAGAAAAAGAGGAAAUUACCUCAUGGAGACGAUCAAAUCUAUUUUUGACCAGUCCAGUUAUGAGGAGCUGAAAGAGAUUGUGGUGGUGGUCCACCUGGCAGACUUUGACCUGGCCUGGUGUGAAAACCUGGUGCAGGACAUCUCCAGGAAGUUUGCCCACCACAUCAUCGCUGGGCAUCUCCUGGUGAUCCAUGCCCCUGAGGAGUACUAUCCAUCACUGGAUGGGCUAAAAAGGAACUACAAUGACCCAGAGGACAGGGUACGAUUCCGCUCCAAACAGAACGUGGACUAUGCCUUUCUCCUCAACUUCUGCACCAACCUCUCUGAUUUCUACAUGAUGCUGGAGGAUGAUGUGCGCUGCUCACGGAACUUUCUGACAUCCCUGAAGAAGGUGGUCACCUCCAGGGAAGGGUCCUACUGGGUGAUGCUGGAGUUCUCCAAGCUUGGCUACAUAGGGAAGCUCUACCACUCAAGAGACCUGCCACGCCUGGCCCACUUCUUGCUCAUGUUCUACCAGGAGAUGCCCUGUGACUGGCUCCUCAUUCACUUCCGGGACCUGCUUGCCCAGAAAGACGUGAUCCGCUUCAAGCCCUCCUUGUUCCAGCACAUGGGCUACUACUCCUCAUAUAAAGGGGCAGAGAACAAGUUGAAGGAUGAUGACUUUGAAGAAGACUCCAUUGAUAUCCCUGACAACCCUCCUGCUAGCCUGUACACAAACAUUCAAGUAUUUGAAAACUAUGACGCCACCAAGGCUUAUAGCAGUGUGGACGAAUACUUUUGGGGGAAACACCCCUCUACCGGAGACUUCUUUGUCAUUAUCUUACACAAACCAACUCAAAUCAGCAAGAUAAAAAUUGUGACAGGAACGGACGAUCGUCAGAACGACAUCCUGCACCAUGGAGCUCUGGAAGUAGGAGAGAAGCUGGUGGGGACAAAGAGAGGAAGGCAGUGUUCUUCCUACAUCACGUUAGGGGAGUUUAAAUUUGGCAACAUUGAGGUUCAAGACGUGGACCACAAGAUUGCCUUUGACAUUGAGUGUGUUCGUAUUGUGGUGACUGCCAGUCAGAAAGAAUGGCUGAUCAUUAGGACUAUAAGUCUGUGGACGGCACAACCUCCCAGUCAAUGGUACACGGAGGGACCAUACCGUUUAGACUAAAGUUUUAUAUUCACGGGCCUAUUCAUUUAUAUUGAUUAUAUGUUGGAGGCUCUAUGGUUUCUUUUAUUAUCUGUUAUAUUUGACAUACAGUAAAUAUUUGAGGAUUUGAACGUUAAUUGGGUUCAACGUUGUAUUUUUGUUAUAAAAUAAAAUGCAG